AUGUUGCAUUACAUUCAGUUGCUUGGCUCUGACACGCCGAACGGGUACGGUGGAUGCUGCUACUACGGCCCGCUUGAUCAUCCUGCUCUGCAUGCGUCUACCCUUUCCUCUGCAACGGGGUCGAUCUCCCCUACAGGGGAGGUGCCGCCGGCCUCAAGGCACAGCUAUGCUGUUGAUGUCGAAGCGACCGUUUCCGCACCUACGCUUGUGUCAUCGGGGAAUGCAAGUGCUCACGAAACACUUCACCGGUCCUCUCCGACUGGUGAGGUAGCCGAGCCUGCGGUGCCCUCAUCGUGGAACUGGUCCUCGUACCUCACGGCGAAGCGACCAACGUGGCCGCGAGCUGGCCCAUUCCACGCGUCCACACUCCUACACCCACAGCCACCAUCACCAUCCGUGUCACCGUCCGCGGUAGCGACGGGGUCAGCGCCGCACGUGACGGCAGACACCGGCUUCAGUGGCAGCGAGGGCUACAUUUUCUUCAACUGUCCAGAGGGGGCACAACGGUUUAGCUCGGAGGCGAACAUCAAGCUCAAGAAGGUGCGAGGCUUCUUCUUCACGCGGUGGAGCAGCUCGAAGACUGCCGUGUCUCCGCUCCCGUCCGGCAAUGUCGCCAGCUCCGUCGAGGAUGAGCAGCACAGCAGCGCAUCAGCAGACGCCGUCGACGCUCCCGCAGACACGACGGCGUUAGGGAUGCCUGUAGGCGCGGCGUCAGCUGUGAUGGGGUUGCCUGGCAUGCUCUUCACCAUCAACGAUGCCGGUGUACGACAUGCCACAUUCUUCGGCCCAAGUGCGGCUCUGGACGGUCCACCGCAGCCCGCUCAUAUGGAGGGCGUCACGCGGGCUGGUACGCGCAACGGCGAUGGUGGUAGCGAGCCCCACAACUCCAAUAGUGAGCAGGCUUAUGUGCACGCUUGCCGAUCUCCGUGUGCUGGCGACUCGGCGGCGACUUCAUCAACGGGAGGCUCAGCGGUUGCUGCGCCAGGAGCACACCUGCCGUCGCCACUGUCAUCGGCUGGUCUGCGCGGCUUCCUGACGGCUCUACGCUUCCACUACUUCCAGUACCGACCCAUGGUCUUCCGGCAGCUCCACGGAUUGGUGCGACAUGCGACGGAUCAAGCUGCCGUCGGCGGCCACACUGUCGACGCCACGAUCGCGGCUGCAAUCGCAGGGAACAACCAGCUGCACUUUGUGGAGACGGUGGGGGAGCCGCCAACGUCAUGUGGCGCGCAACCGGGCAGGCCGCUGACGGGGCUGUCGCCUUUCGUUCAUGCAACACUGCCGCUCAGCCCGCAGAGUCUGCUCGUGACGUUUCGCGUAUCGGGUGGCCACAGAGGUGGCGAGAGCGAGAGCGCCGCCACAGCUUCGGCCGCUACGAGGGAUGCGAGGAUGAGCCUUUUACGGCCGACGUCUUCUUCCGCCGUGGCGGAAGACGAGCAACAGCGUCAUCAGCUGCAUCACGCGUACUUUGCAGGGCAUAUCGAGAGAGCAGACCAAAGGGCAGACGCAGAGACGGCAGCGCCGACGGUGUCCUUCACGGCCCCAGCGAGUCAUGACGUCGUCUUCGGCUACGUGAUCAUUGUGGCGCCAGGGUCGAGCUUCGACGCCGCCAAGGCGCGCGCGCUAGGUGUCCGCUCGGGCCCCAAGUAUGGCCAGCUCAAACUGGGGAUGUCCGUGGAGGCAGACACGGAUGCGGGGGUGGUGGAUGUGUCCGCCACAUCCAUGCCGCCCUCGCAGAAUGCCACCGUUGCCUUUGGGCACACCAGCGACCAAUCACCCACCCCAACGCAACGCUGGGUGCACCCUCAUCAGGUGAUGCGGCCCACUGCGGCAACGAGGCACGCAUACAUCUCGCUUGUGCUGGACGGUGAUCGACCUGAGGAUGUACGAGAGUCAGUUGCACGGCUGUUAGGCAGCUCCGUCGGUGGCGAUGGCGGACCCCCUUCGAGGAGCUCUGCUGCCGCGUGCAAAGAGGCUGAGGAGGACGACAAGACCUGCCACAACGCUGCGGCAGGGGAGCGUGGCGAUGGGGUGCUGCAGCGGCUGCUGCGCGAGCACUUUCCUCACCUCGCAUACUACUACGAAGAGGACGAUGAAAUGGGCGAGGGGACGGCGGCAGCUCCACCUCAUUCGCAGGAGCCACGCCUGAGGCGACGACCGCGUCAGCUCACUGUGCGACACGUCGUCCACGUGCAGCCCACGUCGUACUUUGCUCAAUUUGAGCGUCGCUGCCGCCACGACGCGCUGCUCUAUUCGCCAUUCUUGCGUGAGGACAGGGUUCAGGCGCGGCCGAAGACACUGCCGCCGUCGCUACACCGCGAAGUUGGCGAACCCGGCGUCUACGCUGCCUACAACGCGUACAUAUUCGCGGAUGUAGCUGGCCAGCACGAUCCGCUUCAUCAUCGGCGCGUCUGCGCCGCUGCGGAUCACGGCGAAGAGGAGGCGGUGGCGGCGAGGGUCGAGGCGGGUGGUGACGUGGUCGUGGCUACGAACGUAUCUUCACCGCCGCGCCCGGACUCUUCUAAAUCUCUGUCAGCGGUGCAGCUAUCGCUGACCCCGUUGCUGUCUUUCACUCUUGACGACAUGGCCGACACUGCUGAUGGUGACGCGGGGAUGGGCAAUAGGGUGGAGUGCGAGAGCGGCUCUACGCGGAUUGGGGAGGCGCACCGGUGCCACCCGCCGCCGCCGCUGCUGCACGGGACCCCUCCGGAGGCAGGACUGCCACUGCACAAAACAUGGCAUCUGUUCACCAGCUACGUGCAGCGGCACUUCACAGCCUUCCCGACGGCGCUCGUUCACCGCUAUCAUCUACACCACCUCGCGCCUUCCCUCUUUCCUAAUGUGGGGGCGGCAGCGCUGAUGCAGGGAGCUGGCGGCGCUGGUAACGCCACUGGGGAUCGCGCAGCUCGUAGCGGCACAGCAGUAGGGGUUGCUAUCUCCACGGAGGCUUCCGGCAGCGGUAGUGCGGUGCGCGCUGCGCGCGCAAAGCCAAACGUGUCGAACUCGAGCAGCUCCUCUGCAGAGGACGUUGUGGAGUACUGGCCCUACUCGUUGAAGCUGCGGUGCAUUCCUGAGGCGACGCUGCAGCUGCCUUACAAGCAGCACGCCACAGCGAAGAAGACUACCCAAGCACAACAGAGGGCAGAGAUGGCAGGGUCGGCGCGGCAGGCGCCAUCAACCGUCAAUGCUUCUUUGGGCCACGAUGCUGCUACGGCUGCUGCGGUUCCUUCCCCUCACUUGCCGGCUCCCCGCAAGCGUGAGCGGCAGGUGAGUUCGAGCGGUGAUUCUGCGUCAGCACCGGCUUACACCGUGCAUGCUAGUGCUUCCUCUUCGACAGCAACUGCAGCAACUCCGAGAGUGCUACCACCACCAGCAGCAGCAGCUCGCACUCGGCCUCCUUCAGCACCACCGCGUCGAGUUGCUGUCGUGGAUGGAGUCACGUCGUUGCUGCCAUACCCUACGCCAGCCUCUGCGUUGGCCCUUCUCUCCACCACGUUUCUGCGCUCGCUCAGGACAAGUUCUGUCGUUGCCGCCGCCGCCGCCGCGGCAGCAGGGACUGGAGAAGUACCUGCGACGCCCUCGACGCUGACGGAGAGUCGUGCGGACUGGCACGGCGGCUUCGCAGCUUCGCACCAGCGCGUGGACGUGCCCAGCACGGGUAUGGUCGGCAUGGGCGGUGGCGCACUGGGCUUUCUCGGCACCGGCUCUGCUGUUCCCAGCAAGUACCGAAACGUGAGUGGCACCUUCCUCGAGUUGCAUCUUCCCGCUUACUGCUUUCCAGGAGGGGGCUGUCCUGUCAAGCCUCUUCUUCACGAUGAUGAUAGCGCCCAUGCCUCGGGAGCUGCAGCGGUGGUGGCAGAGGAUACACCGUCGGCGACAUCUGCCAGCCCCCCCGCAGGCGAGGCCGCAUGCGCGCGGCGUGAGGGUGAUGCCGUGCUUGGUUUUGGCUCGGCCGACUCCUCCACGUAUUCUUGCGGCCCCGCCACAGUUAGCAUGGAUGAAUCACAGAAGACUGCGCCGCGACGCUGGUCGUCAGCACCGCUGAAGAUGGAUUCGCAGCAACUUCGACGUGGGGUGGUUAUCCUGGACUUUGGCGAGGGCAGUGCCGGGCAGCUCGCCUCUCUAUGCGGGCGAGUCCGUGGCGGUAGCGCAUGUAGUCAGGGUCCGCCUUGCUGCUUCUUGUCUGCGUCACCGCUGCACGCCGCACUUGAAGGCCAUCGGGGGAACGGCAGGGACCGGCGCGAGGGUGCCGGGGACCACGCGGAGGACGCAGGGGCCUACACCUCCUCCCCCCACGCAGCCUCCGCGGAGAAUGUCACGGAGUUCGAGGAUGAUGCAGACGCACGUCUUGGGCAGUUUGUGCUGGACAUUGUACUCGUCUUCAUAUCACACGCGCACGCCGACCACCACCUCGGCCUCAUGUCCCUCCUCACGCUGCGCCAUGAAUACCUCCAACGCGGCCCAUCCGCGCUGCCGCCGGCGCCAAAACUACUUGUCGUGUGCCCGACAGAGGUCUACGCGUUCAUGAUGGACGCCUGGGGCAGCACGCCACCCUACACGACAUGGCUUCAUGAAGAGUGCGUCUUUGAUCUGAUGCCGCCACCCGUCAGUGGCCUUCGCAAGGAGGGGCGGUGGCCCGACGCGCUGGCGGCGGAAGAGGGCGAUGCUGCGCCGAGCGGGCGCCAGGAAAAGUGCCAAGUGGCCACCGCCGUGGCGGGCAGCAACGUUCCAGACAGUGUGGAUGGCACGGAGCGUGACCAAGACGCUGUCGGUGAUGGCGGUGUAGACUCACGUCGUGCUGCAUCGUUCACGCAUCGAUUCCGUCAUAACCGUCACGCUCUUCACGCUUCCAACAACCAGCCAGAGCAGCAGCAUGUUGUACCGAUGCCGUUGCUGCAAGCGCACCUUACGGCGUGGAACCAGGCCAUCACAGCCGGCAUCCGGCACCACCAGCGGCAGACCCUCUCCGACUCACCCCUGCCAUCUUCCUCUGAGCCGCUAGCAGACACCUCGGUAACGACAGCGGCAGCGUCGGUGAAGGGCAACGUCUGGUGGGACGCGGAGGUGAUCACCGUAGAUCACCCCGCGAACGCCCACGCGCUUCUCUUGCGUUUUCCCUUCUGCUCCUCGAUGAAGGAGGAGCAGGGCGAGCACGGCGUGUUGGGCGAGGCGGCGGAGGGCGGCGGACCCCGCACAGCCGACCCCGACGCGGCUGAGGCUGCGACUGGACGACAGCGCCGCCAAGAGCCGCUCUCGCGUGUCCCUGACAGCUCUCGUGUGCUGCUCUUCUCAGGUGACACACGUCCGUCGUCCUUCUUGGUAGAACGCAGUUGGGCCUUUGCCGCGUCGGCGCCGAGUCGGCUGCCAAGACGCGCUGACUCCACCGAACUCACUAGUCAGGACGGGCUCGUGUCUGACGAAGCCGACUCAGGCAGCGCUCUCGAGGGGGUAAGGGCGGCCCUCGUGUCGAAGGCGAACGCAGGCGGUAGCAUUGAUAGGGUUCGAGGAACAGCGCUAGCGCGACUGCCUACUUCGACGCCGCCAUCGUCGCUGUCUUCGCCAGUCUUCAUCCUCUUGCACGAGGCGACAUUCGGGCCCGGGUUCGAAGGCGAGGCGGUUCGCAAGAAGCACUCGACGCUUCCCGAGGCACUCCGCAUCGGCUUUGCGGUGCGGGCGGAGUUCAUCGUCUUGAAUCACUUCUCGCAGCGCUACCCAAAGCUGCCAGGCUUGUCAGAAGAGCAGCUGGGGGGACGGUCGGCGGACCUCGUCUGCCAACGCCGCACGCGAGCCUCCGCCGCGGUGGCCGCGACGUCGGCGGUGACUGCUGCGGAGACAGAGAACCCUGCCGACCAUGUCAGUGGCGGCCUGGCGAGUGCAAGUGCGCCAAGGUCAAGCAGCCCUGGCGAGCAGCAGGGGCUGGCGAGAACAGCUUCAUCAACGGCUUCGAGGCAGGAGGGCGGCCGCAGCAAGUGGGAGCGGGAUGCUGAUCAGACAGCGGACGCAAGCCGGCCACUGCCGCCGCCACACACCGCUACGGACGACGCGGCCGCAUUGCCUUACGCGAACAUGUCCUUCGCCUUCGAUCUUAUGCUUGUGUCGUUCAGCGACAUGCAGCGCGGGCUCGUGCCGAGACUCACGCCGACACUCGUGCGGCUGCUGGAGGAGUACGACUCGUGGGGAAGCGGCACAACGCAGCGGAUGCGCAGCGGUGGAGGCGGCGGUGAUGGUGGUGGUGGUCGUCUGCAGAAGCAGCAGCAGCAGCGGAAGUCGUCCGCUACUCCAUCAACGACGGCUUCGAGUGCGCCAGCCAGUAUCGACGGCGCCACGAGCAGUGCAGCAGCGAAGAAGGCGACUUACGACGAGUCGGCGUAA